GGCUAUCGGAAGUAAAUAGUCGCCAUGGCAUGUUUGCUAGUCAGAGGGGGUUAAAAGUAGCAAGUGUAGCGUGAGUGGAAGUGCAGCUUUACGGAUAACAUCAAAUUACAUCCUUCACAAUUAACUGGUUGAACUUUUAGACGUGAUACCCUUGUUCCGUUUCAGUUUCUAUGUUUAAAACUAACGAGAGUAGAGGAAUACUGUUACAGGUCUGGGGCCUUGAAGUCCGUCUGCUAUCGUGAGUUAGCCGAGCUCGCUAAUGUGAACGCGGUUUUUCACAGCCCACACAAACACUGUCGAGGCUAAUGUUUGCUCUUCUUUUAAACAGAUAAGGUCAUACCAGGUCACUUUCACGCUGACUGUGGUGAAAGGGGAGUCCAGCUGGAUCUAAGAUGAUUAUUGAAAACCUCGAUGCCUUGAAAACAUGGCUGUCUUACACCCUCGAGCCCAUGUAAGUAGUCAUGUCUGAGCUGCUAGUUAUGUAGCUUUAGCCUUUCUAGCUCACUCAGUCCUACAUAGUUUAGCACUAUUUUAAACAAACCUGACGUGCAGCCGGUAUGAAACUGUUAACAAUAACCGUGCAUGUUAUUUUUAAUGCCAUAUAGGUAAAAAAAAAAAAUUCAGUCGUAUUCACGUUGAUCAUGUGUUUAAUGCUCAUUUUCCACAUUUCCAGCUGUGAUGCAGACCCCUCUGCCCUGGCUAAAUAUGUUGUUGCUUUGGUGAAGAAGGAUAAAAGUGAAAAAGAACUUAAAGCCCUGUGCAUAGACCAGUUGGAUGUAUUUCUUCAGAAAGGUGAUCCACUUUAUCCUAAUAGUUUUCACUCAUUUCCUUAUGGUUGAUUUGAUUCGACAUGUGUUAUUGUCAGUGCCAUCCUCUUAUUGCACCAUCCAUUUUUUUUUUCAGAGACACAGCAAUUUGUGGAUAAGCUUUUUGAAGCUAUUAACAACAAAAGCUACCUCCUGCAGCCGGAGCAGCCAGUUCCUUUACUAAAAGUUGAGAAAGAGGAACCAAAAAAAGAUGAGGUAAGCUGCUGGUUGAAACAGCAACAUUUGUCAUUAAUGUUCUUAGUCAUUUACUUACGUAUUUACUUCUUUUACCCCAUUUACAUGGUAAAGAGCUCUUACUUACCUGUUCAUUUAAUACACAGGUGUCAAACUCAAGGCCCGGGGCCAAGUCUGGAACAAUUAUAUGUGGCCCACAGGAUCAUAUCAUAUUUGUAUUAUUAUUAUUGGCCCAGUAGUAUGAAGUCUGCAGAUUUUCUCCAGUAUAAUAAUGUAAACUUUAGCACCAUUAUUUAAAAUGUCCUUAAUAAACCAUGAUAAUCUGGGAAAUUCAAGAGUAAGGAAGAUUUGAUAAAUAGUCAAGAAUGUGGGGGGAAAAAUAUUUGGUGUUUUAUUUAAUUUUUUCAAUUUUGCAUUUCAAGAUUACUAGUCAAACAUGAUUGGAUUUUUUAUUUCAUGCUUUGAUUUUGUUAAACUCAGUAUUUAGACUUGUGUCAUUUUUAUACUUUAGAUUCCAAUUUUAAAUUGUGAGUCAUAUUUUGACCUUUCAAAUCUGAUUUCAACGUUCUCCUCAUGUAUUUGCUCUUUAAAAGCAUUAUUUUUCUGUUUUUAAUAUCAUGAUCUGAUCUUUUGAAUUUAUAAAAUUAGAAUAACAUUUAAAAUAAAACAAUUUUUUCUAUCUCAGAUUGCCUUUAAACUUAUCUUUUUGGAAUUUAUAAAUGAUUUAUAAUCAUUGCUGUUUUUUCAUAUAUAUAUAUUUUGAAAAGGAGGUUGACAGUUUUGGUGAAAUGUUGACCCUGUUGGGCUCUCAGGUUAGACCUAAAUCCAGAUUACGGCCCUUGCUGUGGUUGAGUUUGACACCCCUGAUUUAUUAUUAUUAUUUUCCUGUUAGAGUUAGUCCAUCAGAUUUUAGUCUUUCUUUUUUACCAAUUUUUUAUCCUUUUAUCUCCAGUGUUUUCCAAAGGUAACUCUUUCCUCACGCAAUGUCUCUGUGUCAGGCCAUGUCUCUUUAACAAUAUAUCUAAAACUCUCAAUUCUUCAUUCAUUUAUUUAUUUAAAAGGGACAAUGCACAUUAAUGAACAUAAAAAUGUGAAUAUGCCACAUUUAGCCAAUGGCUAAUUUUCAUGUGUAGUCCCUGGCAGAUCAAGGAAAAAAAAAAUGGAAGCACAGUGACAGACAAAUACAAAGAUCAUCCAUACAGCAUGGAAUAGAAAUAAGACACUGUUAGCUGACAUAGAAAAAAAAAACAGAAAGAACAGUAUGUGUGCACUUGGGUGUGUGUAUGUGAGGGUGGGUGGGUGUCUUUGUGUGUGUGUGUGUGUGUGUGUGUGUGUGUGUGUGUGUGUGUGUGUGUGUGUGUGUGUGUGUGGAUCCAUGGGUGAGUGUGUGGGUGGAAAGGUCAGGUUUAGCCACUGUGAGGCACUUUAAACUGCAUUUUUUUUUUUGUCUGAAAAGCGCCAUAAAAAUAAAGUUGAAUUUGAAUUAAAUCAAUGUCAAGAGCAAUGUGGUUUAUAUGUUAGUAGCUCUGUGUAGUAACAACAUGAGAAUUCAUUUUACAUAAACAGUGUCCUUUUAAAAGUUACUUUGAUUUUUCAGACUCCUCGGGAAGAAGAAAGGGAAAAGAAGUUUUCACGGCGUUUGAACCACAGCCCCCCACAGCAAAGCUCUCGCUACAGUAGAGAUACCAGGUUCGCCAUCCACACCUUGAUUCCCCCUUCUUCCAGGAACUUGUAUUUCUUGAUAGUGGAAAAAAAAAGUCCUUCUUUCUUGUUUGUAGGAGAGGAGAUGAUCGAAAGAGAGACGACCGCUCCAGGAAAAGGGAUUAUGACCGCAAUCCACCGAGGAGGGACUCAUACCGAGAUCGUUACAACCGCAGGAGAGGUCGCAGCCGCAGUUACAGUCGCAGCCGCAGCCGCAGCUGGAGCAAAGAUCGCAACCGGGACAGAGAGAGGGACAGGGACAGAGAUAGAGACAGAGAGCGGGAUCGCAGCAGGAGCCGGUCACACAGCAGAACCAGAAGCAGGAGUAGAGGUAAUAACAGAAGUGGUUCCAAGUCUUACUUUAAAGACUGUGAGUUUGAACUAUUUUUCUUGGAUGGAGUAACAAAACUAAACCAAAACUAUGUUUGGUAAUAUAACUUUUUCGCUCCUGCUCACACUGCACUUCAUUUGAACUUUCACCCUGGUUUUGCAACUUUUUAAAAGCACGUUUAGCAGUGAUCCCAGCUGACCGCCUUGAACGCAGAUUAUGUCAUGGUUUCAAGCUAUAUGUUUAUCUUUCUAGUAUAGAUUUGUGUUUGGUUUUCUGUCGGCAUGCAGUAAAAUGACUGUUAACAGAGUAAAUGUCUGUAGGUAACCAAGGAAAUCAGCUCUCACGGUGGCUCUUAAGUAGACUGUACAAGCAGGCAUUGAUGUUUACUCCAUAUAAGCUCAGGAUGAAAGGAAUUUAAGGACACAUUUGCCAGUGUGAGUUAAUUCUUAUAAUGACCUCUUUUUUUUUUUUUUCUUUUUUUUUUUUUUUUUUUUGCAGAGCGAGAUUCUGGUAAGCUGAAGUAUGACCACGAACGGCUCGAGAGGCCAGACGUGGGAGAUGGCUACACCCCAGCAGUUUUGGUCUCCACUGCAACCACUUCACACUUCCCUGUGCCGACACUGAGCAGCACCAUCACAGUCAUUGCCCCCACACAUCAUCACAGCAACAACACCACUGAAAGUUGGUCAGACUUUCGUCCUGAUCACCCCGUGGAUCGAGGCCUCUUUGGCCGUGGACCACUGCCUCAACAGAGGAAGCGAUGCCGUGACUAUGACGGUAGGGAAAGUGAUCGCCUCUUUUGUUUCUCCUCAUGUGUUUCAUUCUGUUUUUAUUUUUGUAGUUGUGCUUGUUUUUUUAUCUCUCACUUUGUCUCUUGUCUUUUGUCUCUCCAGAAAAGGGCUUCUGCAUGAGAGGGGACAUGUGUCCUUUUGACCAUGGAAGCGACCCAGUUGUAGUUGAGGAUGUCAACCUACCCAAUAUGCUGCCCUUCCAGCCACCACCCCUCCCAGGAGUGGAUGCACCGCCACCUCCAGGCCUCCCACCACCACCAGCUCUCAUGAAUCCCCCACCUGUAAAUCUGCGUCCCCCUGUUCCUCCACCAGGCACACUUCCACCCAGUCUUCCUCCUGUUGCAGGUCAGAAUUCAGUCAGUUUUGCUAAAAUCAAUUUCUGGUUUUACUCUGAGGGUAAAGACAGAUCAAAUUUCGUACAUGCACAUUAUAAUUAUCAAACACAUCUUUUUAAUUGGAAACAUUCAAGAUUUUGAACAAAUAUCAAGCCAAGAGCAUGAUGUAGAUGAACAAAACUAAUAGAUGAAAAGAACCCAGGAUUAACUUAGAAGUAUAUAUUCUUGUCCUUUUCUUCCUUCCUCUACAAAUGUUAAUUUGUUUUGAUCAUCUGUGGUAUCCAACAUAAAGCCUAAUCUGUUAGACAGUAUAGGCAUGUGAAUAGCAAAUCAUUUGUAUUUUCCUCUAAAUUAAUAAAUCAUUCUAUUUAUAGAGUGUCUGAAAAUGUACAGCAGUGUCCACAGGGAAAUAUUCAAAAACUCACUUUCCAUCACCAUAAUCCAAAUGUAUUCAGUGUCUAGAACAUAAAACUAAAGUAACAUUCAAAAGACAGCCCAAACUAACUAAUAUAAUUUAAUUUUUUAUUUUCAAUGAUCUGUCACUUAACUAAUGAAGUAAUCCACUAAUCAUGGCUACUUUAAAUGUUAAGCCCCAGAUAAGCUCUGUUAAUAUCCUAUAGAGUUUGACCUUAAAUGACCCGAGAGAAUUUAAAGCUGUUUCCAGUGAAAGUCCCGGUAGCUACUUACCACAGAACUAAAAGGUCUCUCCAGCCUGUUGCCGUUUUUCUGUUUAUUUUUGACUGAGGUUUUAAAUCCAGUGAAAUAAGCAGAUGAGUCAGCACAGAGCUGUGUGGAGGAGCCGCUGUGGUCUCCACAUGCCCCCUAGAUGACACCAGUGCUGUGAGUUUUGAAUGUACUCAAAGUGGGGAAAACAUUGAAAUGCUUUAUUUAGAAAAAGGUGUGAAAAUUUUCAGUUUGAACGUUACUCAAAGGGAGGGCUUAGCUGUGAACUGCAUGCAUGAUACUUAACACAGUAGAGCACAGUUACCUCAUUUGUUUGAUGAAUAAAUUCUCUUCCUGGAGCUUCAUUUGCAAUCUUUAUUGUGACUCACACAGGUCCCCCUCCUCCGCUUCCUCCGCUGCAGCCGUCAGGCAUGGAUGCUCCUCCCAACUCCAUCACCAGCUCUGUCCCUACCAUCGUCACCUCUGGGAUGCGCCCCUCACUUCCCCAGGCUUCAGUGCCCCUCUUCACCACCAGUAAGCAAUAUUUGUCUUUGAGUGUGAAUCACUCCUGCUGCACCAUUCAUCUGUGUUUUAUUAGUUAAAGUAUCCCCUUUAUUCUGACCAGACAACUAUGACACAGAUGUGUACAAUCCCGAGGCUCCCAGCAUCACCAGUUCUUCCAGGCCCAUGUACCGCCAUCGGGUCAACGCCCAAAGACCCAACUUGAUUGGCCUCACGAUGGGGGAUGUGGACCAGCCACCAAGAGGUGCCAUAUAAACCUAAGCUUUAGAAACAUACAUGCACUUUUCCUACUUUGAUGUGAAGUCAGUAAAUUAGCGUCUAACCACUUUAUAAAAAAGAGGUGUUAUAAGUUUUUAGUCACGUUUAAGUCUGUUUAUUUUUUCUUAUGCUAUCUCUCUCUAUUGUGUAUAUAUUUAUUGCCCUGUGUUGUGCUUUUGUAGCUAACCUACUUGUGUUUUCCCUCUCCAGAAAAAAUUCCCAACAACAGUAUGAGAAUUGUUAUGGAAUCAGAUUCAAGGAAAAGACCGCAUGUGUCCCAUGACGGAGGCCUCCCCUCCAAGAAACCUUGGUUUGACAAGUAAGACUUAUUUCCUCCUACAAAAUGUCAUAAACAGCCUCUUGGAUCUGUUGAUAAACACACUUAGUGGAAUUAAGUUUACUGUCAUUCCCAUUAGAGCUGUUUUAUCGUGUCUCUCUUUCACCCCAGACCCAACUUCAACAAACCAAACCACCAGGGCUACCACAAAAGAGCUCCAUUCUCCACCAACACCAAGCUGCUGGUGCGGCAAAUUCCUGCAGAGCUUAACAACAUCAGCAAACUCAAUGAACACUUCAGCAAGUUUGGUACCAUCGUCAACCUACAGGUCAGUCUUUGUCUUUGUGGUGCUGCGGACCUGAAAGUCAAAACUCUGAUGGUUAGGAGUAAUAAAGUGUGGGCCUAUAAAUUAGCUAAUACAUGAAAAAAUGCAUGUAAAAAAAAACACUUUAAAUUAUGUAUGGCACCAAGAUUAAAUUUUUUUUCGCAGUAUAACGCGCACUUAAAAUCCUUUUCGCUUGCCUAUUCAAUAACUCUGCAGCUACCGUAGCCUCGCAGAGUUAUUGAAUAAGUUCAAUAAAGAUUGACUCAUCGGACUGUUUUGUUUGGCUCAAUGCACUUUAUAAUCCGGUGCUCCUUAUGUAUGAAAAUAGAUGCGAAUAGACACAUUCAUUGUUGGUGCGCCUUAUAAUCAAGUGCGCCUUAUAGUGCGAAAUAUACAGAAUAUAUUGUCAAAAUGAGGCACAUCAAGCUCUCUAUAGCAACAUUUCUACUUUUUUAAUGUAACAUUAUUCACAGCAGUACAGCAACAAGGGCACACAAAAAUAAACUCUGUCAAGUGCUCCCGUGUUAGUGUUUUGGAAGAACAGUCCAGAGCAUGUUUACUACAUCACUGCUACAGUUAAUGGUUGCAUGCAAGGUGAAACUCCCCCCAUCCGCUGCAGGAUGUACAGUUCAUACCAGCGUUGGCAUAAGUUUCUCACAGCACCAUCUGUGUUUUUCUAACAGGUGGCCUACAACAAUGACCCAGAGGGUGCACUGAUCCAGUUCGCCUCUCCAGAUGAGGCCAAGCGCGCUAUGCAAAGCACAGAGGCUGUUCUUCAUAACCGCUUCAUCCGGGUGAACUGGUUUCGAGAUGAUGGGGGUGAUAUCCAGUCUCACUCGCAGCAGACUCAGCCACAGCCAGCUAUGGUAAAAAAAAAAAAGAAAGGAAAUCAUUAAAAUAAAUCCUAACCUUGUUUGUUUUAGCUCUAACUUAAAAUGGUGCCAAAGUUUGUGAGUGAUUUAUUAUUUAUUUAUUUAUUCAGUGCUAUUCCAGAGUCUUCUUACUUGAUGGCUGCAUAUGAGUAAAUGCCACACAGCAUCAAGAGCACUAUUUACAAUUUUAUAAACAAACUAAGUCGGUCACACUUGUCUCACUAUUUAGACACAUCAGUGCCAAUAAUAGGAAAGCAUGUCAACAUCAGCUAUAAAUAUGAAACGAUACGACUCUGUAUAAUCAUAUUAACUCUGGAUGUUGCUUAGCCAGAGACUGAACACUUAAAUAAACGAUAAUACAUUUUAUUUGUGGAGCUGUUGAUAAGAACACACCAACCCAACCCUGUUUCACUCAAAUGAGUCAGGGUUAUUUUUUUAGACUUAAAAUGAUAGAAAUACCACAGAAGAUGCAGAUGUACCUAAAAGUUCAACAUCCGUUUUUGUCAGAGGCUUUGAAAAUGUAUUAAUCCACAAAUCCUCACACAGAGUGCUCAAAUUCUCUCUUCACUCAGCAGCCCAUGGCCACGUCUCUGAAGCAGUCUGUCAAAGACCGCCUCGGACCCCUGCUCACUGCCAGCUCUGAGCCCUCCCAAGAUUCCAGUGUAGCCUCUCAGGUGUGUGUGGGGUUUAUUUUAUGUCUUUUUGGCAUUUACCUGCAAAAGUCUGUGGAAGGUGUGUAUAAACAUGAUUCAUGUUUUUUUUUUCUUCAACGGUGCAGAAUCCUUCGAAAGUAUCAGUGAAGGACCGUUUGGGUCUGCCAAAACCAGCGGCUCCCGUUGAAAAGGUGAGUGUUUAUUAUUACAAAAUUUGAAAGUGGGAUUUCUCUUCUUCUCAAAAUCAAGUUAAUGGGUUUUUUUUUUCUGAAAAUUUCAGGUGUUUUCAACAUCCAUGGGGCUUACAAAGACUGUAUACAAUCCUGCGGCUCUUAAGGCAGCACAAAAGACGUCAGAGGAAGCCCUGAAGAAGAAACAGGUGAGGGGAAAAAUGGAGAGAAUAUUGAAUAAAAGAAAAGUGCAUAAAUUCAGAAGACUGGCCUUGAUAGGAUAGGAAAUAGAUUGUAUUCAGACACAAAGCAGCACCUAACCAUUCCCCAUAAUUCCUUUUUCAGGAAGCUCUAAGACUUCAGCAAGACGUGAGAAAGAAGAAGCAAGAAAUACUGGAGAAGCACAUUGAAACUCAGAAGGUGAGAUUAUCUGGAGUGAAGGUUUUAAAACAAUUAUCCCACAUUUCAUCUUACUUCACCUCCUGACCUAUGUGGAUUGUGGCUUUUCACGUACGUUUCAAUUAUUCAAACUCGGUGUUCUCUUUUGUUUGUCUGCUACUCUCCUCUUUAGCUCCUUAUAUCCAAACUCGAGAAGAACAAAGCAAUGAAGGCGGAGGACAAAGCUAAGAUCAUGGAAACUCUCGGCAUGUUAACCAAAAGCAUCACCAAACUGCAAGAGGAGAUAAAGGAAAUCUCCAGUAGCAACCAACUACGCACAGCCAAGAGCAAGGCCCAGGUAAGGCUUUCUUUUAGCUUGUGGCAUUUAUUUAACAUAAAUCAAUCUAGAAAACUGAGAUUGUAGAAGUUCUUUUCUGUCAACUUGAUCUGAUAUGAGUGUUUUUUUUCCUGCUGCUAGCUUUUGAUAUAAAAGUGGUUGCUGCUACACUAACCUAGAAAGCAGAAAUGUGCUGUGCUUUUGGUUUCUCCUUUUGUCGUUUUAGUUUGUGACAACCUUCAUCGCAUUUUUUGUUUAUAUAAAAGUACUGAUGCAAGGAGACCAAGUUUUCUUCUGCUUACUCAGUUACCUUUGACUGGCAGUUUGUUUUUACUAAUUGGAGUUAAUGAUUUAAACAGGCCCAGAAAGAGCUGCUGGAUGCGGAGCUAGACCUCUUCAAGAAGACUCAAGCUGGGGAAGACACGGCUUUGUUGAAGAUUAAGUAUACCCAGCUGCAAAUAGAGGUAUUGACUUGAUAUAUCUUAAAGAAACCUUCCCUUCAAACUUCUAAUCAAGUGUUAAAAUGCUUCAUAUAGACCUGUCACCUUAGAGCACCCAAAGUCUGAUCUCUGGGAUUCAUUUUUACUGCUGCUAUAAUUUGUCAGAAGAAAAUAAUCCAGAUAAUCGCGCUCUGUUUAACAAACUACCACUCCUGUUGUUCCAACCCAGGCAGCAAAAAGAGGACUCCUAUCACCAGGAAGAGGCCGAGGGGUCCACCCUCGAGGCCGCGGUACUCUGAGGGGGCGGGGUAGAGGCACCAGAGGAAGGGGAAGAGGUGUGCCAGUGCAUGCGGUCGUGGACCAUCGACCACGGGCCCUGGAAAUUUCUGGAUUCUCCGAUGCAGACCAUGUCAAUUUGCUGCCACACUUUGCUGUAAGUAUGCUUUAAACGACACCACAGUACUGUUGUAGUGACAGAGCAGUCAGAGUGCCCCUGCUGAUUUCUUGUGUGCCACCAUUAACACCUAAAGUUGGCAUGUGACUGAACACAACAGUGUUGACUUGGUCCCUGAAGUCCCCAGAUCUUAAUCCAAUCAAGCAUCUGUAGGAUGUGACGGACAGCCGAUUCUGAUCCAAGGAGGCCCCGCCUCACAACCGACAGGACUUAAAAGAUCUGCUGCAAAUGACUCGGUGGUAGAGGUUGUAGAGUCUAUGUCCUUGUCAUGUCAGGUCACGACUGUUUAGGUCUUGUCCUGAUAAGAGGAGGGCCUACGGAAAAUUAGGCAGGUCAUUAUGUUAAGGCUUAUCAGUGUGCGCCUACAAGUUAAUGCACAGCUUUGUUCUUCUUUAUUUUGCUUGAUUUAUUACCUCAAAGAAACAACAAGAAUUAUGAUUUGACUUACUACACUUCAGAAACAAACUAUAUGAUAUUGAAUUUCUUCAGUUACAGCUCAUGCACUGAACAAUCUCUUUUUUUAGUGUGGCAACAACAUCAACAGUGUCCUCUGGUGGUCACAGGAGCAACUGACCAUCAGUGCACAUGUCUAUGGCUCUUUCAUUUCAACUUUGAAUUAGAUGUUCCGUCACCACUCAAAUUAGUCUUUUUGGGUAGUCAGUGCUGAGUGUCCUUUUACAUCAUGAAUUCAUCUUGGUUGCCUUUUUAAUUUUGUAACAUAUCAAAAAAGCCACAAUUAAACAUACAUAUUUGAAUCUAUAAGAAUUAAUUUUUUAGAUUCAUUAGGUGCCUGAAAUAUAAACUUGACAGGAUCUUCUCUUAGAUACAUAUGAAUGAGUUAUUUCAUAAAUUGACCAUGUGUUUUCUGUUUUAAACUUUGAAGCAAUUUGGGGAGAUUGAAGAUUGCCAGAUUGAUGAAAUCAGCCUGUCUGCAGUCAUCACAUACAAGACGAGAGCUGAGGCAGAGCAGGUGAGUCAAUCAUCGAGUUAUUUUGUGACAGUGAUCAAUACUUGGACUCUCUGCAUUGCACUUCCAUAAUUUGCUCAAUAUUUUGUCCGAUCACCUCCUUUCCUUUGUGCCUUUUGUAGGCGGCUUUUCAUGGAGUGAGGUUCAACAACCAAACUCUGCGACUGUCCUGGCAUAAAGCUGUCACAACUCUCAACGCUGUGGAUGCCGAUGAAGCAGAACCAGAGGAUGAUGAGGUUUGUUGAUAAUAAUUCUCACACGGAGACAGAGUUAGUGAAAAUCCAUGAGAGAUAACUGACCUCAGUCGAGAUAAUCGGAUAUCCAGAUGUCAUUUUGUGAAAGCUCAGUGAAUAUCUACUUCAGGUUGUGUUACAAUCAGAUAACACAAGAGGGAGCCGUUACACAUUACAGCUGAGAUUGUCUGUAUGUGGUCUUUGCAUGGCCACUCAUAAGCAUGAGGUCUGUCUGCAGUAUUCUACUUCAGUGUUAAGUUUAUAGUCCUUCUAGAGACCUUUUGAGAACAAGUUGCAAGUUCAUUCCUGCUGAUACUCCGAUAAAAUGUCCCUCUUUAUUUGGCUUCUCAGUCAAGAGGAAGAACUUGUCUAAGUGUUUGUUUGUCUCCUCCCUCCAUUAGUACCCAGAAGAGUCGCUGAGCGAUGACGCCUUGCUGCAGGACGAUGAUGAAGAAGAGGACGACAACGAGCCUCGCCCCUGGCGCAGAUGAAGAACAUUGAGACACCCAGAACACGGAAGAUAUUCAACAAUCCAGCAACUUUCUAAGAUUUCAAUGCCUGUUUAUUAAGAAACACGGCACAUUUCACUUUGGCUAUAUUUUCUCCCUUACAAAUGUGGAAACUGGCAGAAGAACCAUGUUCAAGUUUGAUUCAUUUUAACAGUUAAACAAUGGUGACUUUUUUUAAUGCUCUUAAUGUAGAAAUAAUCUGUAUUUUUUGUUGUUUUGCUCAUAGAACAUUUAAUAGUUUGACUGCUGGUAUCCUACAGACACAUUUGUUGACCUGUCAGUCAGAGAAACAGAACCUGUGUUAUAAUUUAACUGAAUGACAGACUGUAGCUUUUGCAGAAUAGUAUUAGAACAACAGGUAAACUGUGUUGAUAUUUUAUGUCUGAAUUUAAAUGAUUUGUAUGAAAGCUUGGCUUCUCAGUUCUUGGGUUUACUUUGGAUUGUACAAAAAAAUAAAGAAUUGAAAUGGUCUGAAAAAAAUCCUGCCAAAAAAAAAAAAAAGAGAAAAAAAAACAACUUCUGAAAGAAAUGCGGUGGCAGUGAAAAAAGAAAAACAUCUUAAAGAGCUAAAAGAAAAAGACCAUUUCAAAAACACAAAAAAAAACUUCCUGUUCCCCUAAAGAGCAAACUUCCUGCAAUAUUCCUGUGUCUCUCAACCUUUUUUUUUUAUUUUUGGACCGGUGAGGUAAUCUGUCUUUCACUAUUUUUACCCUUCAAGGUAAGGCUGUGAAUUACCAAGACACUAAAGUGCGGGUUGUUCUACACACAGAAGCUAACAUAUUCACAUUCUUAACUGAAAUGAUUCUGAUAUAACCACUAAAAACCUUUCUGUUUUUUUCUGUUGCAGGAGACGUCUGCACUGUCCAGCGACUGGUCGUCCUUCCAUGUGUCUUCAGCAUUUUAUAAUCUUAAUUUGUUAGUCCAAUUGUAUUACAUUCAAAUAAACCUUUUUAUGAUCAUUCUUUA